AUGAGGUUUAUCGUUCUGCUGAUCUUGUUGCUAGUUGUCUCAGCUUCUGGGACCCGCUUUGAACCUGAUCCCAAUGGAUAUGUCGUCUUUUGCCCUUGCAUGGGACGAUUUGGUAAUCAAGUCGAUCAGCUUCUCGGUGUUAUGCAAUUUACCAAAUAUCUGGAAAGGACAUUAGUGCUACCAAACUUCAUCGAAUACCCCUAUCCAGAUACAGUGAUGGUUCCAUUUGAAAGCAUUUUUCAAGUAGCUGAGAUUAGAAAAUACUUGAAAGCAAUAAGGAUGGUUGUGUUCCAACGUGAAGUCAUGCCUACGUUGUGGCCAAAGGGCAACAGAACUGCACUAUGCUGGAGUCCGCGGAAGUCGAUUUAUGACGAGGGUGCUCCAGUUGGUUGCCAUGCCAAAGAAGGAAAUCCCUUCGGUCCAUAUUGGGACAAAAUCGGCGUGUCUUUCGAACGUGAUGAAUAUUACGGAGACAUUCCCGGAGGGUACGAUCUAACAGUUCGCGGAUCGAAGACAGCCUGGCUGGAAAAAUUUCCGGCCUCCGAAUAUCCCGUGUUGGCAUUUCCGUCUCCUCCAGCUCCGUUUCCCUCACGUCCAAGUACUUGGGAAUUGCAAAGAUAUCUCAAGUGGUCUUCACGUAUCUCGGGUAAAGCUUCUCAGUUCAUCAAGGAAAAGCUUACUCGCCCUUUUGUUGGUAUUCAUCUGCGUAAUGACAACGACUGGAAUCGUGUAUGCGAACACAUACCGUCUACGUCUUCGAAUCAACCCUUGUUCGCUUCCAUGCAAUGUGACGGAGAAGAAUUUUACGAUGGCAAGCUGACGAAAGAGAUCUGUUCUCCUUCUCCGACCACUAUUAUUGACCAGGUGAUCGAUAUGGUCGGGAAAAUCGGUGCACGGUCGGUGUUCGUAUCAAGUGAUAGGGACCACAUGAUUGAGACUUUCAACGAUGCUCUUCAAGCUUACGAAAUAAAAGCCUAUCGACUCAAUCCCGAUGACGCCCUUGUGUCGCUGGCAGUCCUCGGUCAGGCAGAUCAUUUUAUCGGCAACUGUGUGUCAACAUUCUCCCAUUUUGUUCGGCGUGAAAGGACUUUCAGUAAACCGCUGAAACCAACAUCCUACUUUGGCAUCAUAGGUCACAAUCGACGGAUAGAACUUUAG